UCACGGCGGCGCAAGCGCACAAGAGGCACCUUCCUGUCCCCAUCCCCUCCCCUGUUCUCCGAGUCGCGGUUUGUUUGUGCCAGUGGCCUCAGUGCGUCAGGCUCAGCAGCCCCUGCCUCGCUCACGACCCUCCCCCCGGAGAACGAUCCGAGCAGGCGGCCCAGCUCCAACCCCAGCCCCCUACACCUCUUCUUCCGAUCGGCCGGCUGGCCCCUUAACCACCUGCGCUCACUGCCCCAGCCCCUCCUCCGCAGCCCGUCCCUCACGCGGGGCCCGCCGGGCAGGGGUGGGAGGAUAGCGGGGUAGAAGGUGUUGGGAACUCAGGUGGGCGCCCUAGAUCAUUCUGUCCCUCGCGGCGUGGGGUCGCUGGUGGUGACCUUCCGUGUCACGUGAUGGGGUCCCGCCGCCGCUUUAAGCUUUCUGCGGUGUAGGGUGCCCCUGUCGCGCCUGACGGAAAGAAGCCGGCAGAGCUACUGUUGUUGCCCCGGGCAGGCGGCUGUCUGUCUCCCUGCGUGUUGUCAGCCGCCCCGGCGAGGCGAGAGAGGCAGUGGAUCUGGUGCGGGGUGGAGUGCGGACUCCUGUUUGUGAAGGCAAUUGGCUUAGCCACUCUAAAGGUCCUUGGGCGGUGGGGUCCUGCCGUGACCUUUGUGAGGUGUGAGCCGGGCAGAAGCCGGUGCGGGGCCGGUGUCUGCCGGGGUGCCUGGCUUGCUACGCGCCGAGACCACCCCCCGUGCCAACCUUCGGCAGCUGCCUGUGCGGGGCACGCGCGGAUUUAUGUGCUGGGAGCGGGGAGAGGCCGGGCGGCUGGAGUGGCAGCGGGAGGCGGCAGGAACAUGGGUGUGAUAGGUGUACAGCUCGUGGUUACCAUGGUGAUGGCUAGUGUCAUUCAGAAGAUCAUACCUCACUAUUCUCUAGCUCGUUGGCUUCUCUGUAGUGGCAGUUUACGAUGGUAUCAACAUCCCACUGAAGAAGAAUUACGAAUUCUUGCAGGGAAGCAACAAAGGGGGAAAAGCAAAAAAGAUAGAAAAUAUAACGGUCAUAUUGAAAAUAAACCCCUAACCAUUCCUAAGGAUAUUGAUCUUCAUCUGGAAACAAAGUCAGUUACUGAAGUGGACACUUUAGCAUUGCAUUAUUUUCCUGAAUAUCAGUGGUUGGUGGAUUUCACAGUUGCAGCUACAGUGGUGUACUUGGUAACUGAAGCCUACUACAGUUUGAUGAAGCCCUCACAGGAAAUGAAUAUCAGCAUUGUCUGGUGUCUGCUUGUUUUGGCUUUUGCCAUCAAGACACUGUUCUCAUUGACCACUCACUACUUCAAAGUAGAAGAUGGAGGUGAAAGAUCUGUCUGUGUCACAUUUGGCUUUUUUUUCUUUGUCAAAGCCAUGGCAAUCCUUAUUGUAACUGAAAAUUAUCUAGAAUUUGGACUUGAAUCAGGGUUUUCUAAUUUUUCAGAAAGUGCAGUGCAGUUUCUUGAAAAGCAAGGUUUGGAAUCCCAGGGUCCGGUGUCUAAACUAACCUUCAAAUUGUUCCUGGCUGUUCUUUGUUCACUUAUUGGUGCUUUUUUGACAUUCCCUGGCUUACGACUGGCUCAAAUGCAUCUGGAUGCUCUGAAUUUAGCAACAGGAAAAAUAACACAAACAUUGCUGCAUAUAAACUUCUUGGCACCUUUACUUAUGGUCUUAUUGUGGGUAAAACCAAUCACCAAGGACUACAUUAUGAACCCACCUCUGGGCAAAGAGAGCGUGCCUUUAAUGUCAGAAGCAACAUUUGACACGGUACGACUGUGGAUAAUUAUCCUAUUGUGCACUUUACGGUUGGCCAUGAUGCGCAAACACCUGCAAGCCUACCUUAAUUUAGCACAGAAAUGUGUGGAUCAGAUGAAAAAGGAGGCUGGCAGAAUAAGUACAGUUGAUCUGCAGAAAAUGGUGGCCCGAGUAUUUUAUUACCUUUGUGUAAUUGCAUUGCAGUAUGUGGCACCUCUGGUAAUGCUGCUUCAUACAACUCUGCUUUUGAAAACACUAGGUAAUUAUUCCUGGGGCAUCUAUCCAGAAUCUAGCUCUGACUUUCCAAUGGAGAAUAGUCCACUUCCCAAUUCAGUUUAUUCUGAGUCUCCACCUGCUGAUGGAAAGAUGAAGGUAACUGUAGUACAAAUAACAAUGGCAUUGGGCAGCCUAAAGAACAUUUUCACUCCUCUCCUGUUCCGAGGACUCCUGUCUUUUCUCACCUGGUGGAUUGCUGCUUGCCUCUUCUUCACAAGCCUUUUUGGGCUUUUCUAUCACCAGUAUCUGACUGUGGCAUGAAUAAUCAGCUCACAAAGGAAAUAUCUGAAGUUAACUUCUCGAUUCAAACCCAUGUACCCCCAGAGGGGCUGAAGAAAAAAAUGGAAGAAUGCAUACGUGAAGAAAAAACACAUAUCAGAUUUUAUUCUUAAAUGCUUCCUCUGUAUUCUCAGGGUGAAUAUUGUUGUUUAAAAUCACAAGUGGGUUUAACUUUUGUUACCGAAUGGUAGGUAACUAACUGCUGAAUUAUGGUAUUGGAACUGUGACUAACCUUUCUAUGUGGCUGAUAUUGGAGGGCUAGUUAAAAGGGUAGUGCCUGUGAGUACCUGGCUUUCCAUUAACACUAAGCUGCCCUCAAAACUUUUGUAUAUUACUUCAGUCGUUGACUGAUGACUCUUAGUGGUAUUGAGGUACAGGUAACACUAAUGGUGGCUGCCUAGUUAAACAAUCUUGAAACUGAGCCAUACAAUGGGAAGAGAAAAUAAUUUCUGUUGGAACGAUAUUGAUCACUUUUCUGUGUGAAAAGCAAAAAAAUCCAACAGGGCAGAAGAAAUACUGUAUAUUACAGUAAAGAAGGCUAUGUAAUAUUUGAGUUUAGGGUAGGAACAAAUGCAUGGACUCCGCAAGUAUUGCUGCCUAAGUAGUGCAGGAAUGCUCAUGCUGUAAGAAGAAUAUUCUAAAAAUAUAUAUUGUCUCAAUCCCUGCAGUCAUUUUAAAGUAAUGAAUGGCCAUACAAACCCUCGCAAGUACAGUAUUGGUGCUACUAUUGAUCCACAAAUUCCAUUUGGGUCUUUUAAAUUUUCAUUUUUCCAGGUAAUGGACAAAUUCCAUUCAAUUCACAAAAUAAUUGGAAUAGAUUAUCAACACUGAUCAAAGUGUUUAAAAAGAGUAACUAUAAUCCUGCUGAGUAUGUAUGUAUCUGUAAGUAUAUAUAUGUAUAUAAAUAUAUAUUAUAUAUUAAAUAUAUAAUAUAUAUGGAGUCUAUAAAAAUAAAUAUUGAAUCUUUAAGUUGCUGAAUGUAUGUUACAGGGCAGUGGGACAGCGACAUGUAUGUACCUAAUAAGUUCAAGAUCUCUUUUUGAAUGAAAAUUAAAUUUUUUUGAAAGUUCAGCUGAAAGGGCUAUUCAUUUUUGGUGCCUCUACAAAGGUACUUAACUUUAAUAAAGAACCUUUGCAAUUUUGUUGAAAGAGAUUCACCCAGAAGUUGUUACUCUUAUCUUUCCUGCUCUCUGUGAUCAUCGUUUGUUAGUCUAAUGUGAGAUUAUCCUGUUGAUGUUGAAAUAUUGAACAUCUUUUAGUCUCAGAAAUGUAUUUUCUGUACAUUAAUUUUAAAAUGUAUAGUAAAGAGGAGUAAAGUAUUAAUUUGACAAGUUUUGUUUAGUUUGAAUAACAGAUCCUAAGUUGAGUACUUUGAGAACAAAUUAGAAUGACAAUUUUUUUUUUCAUUUGCUUUGUGUAUACUGUAAUCAGAAAUGUGGGAUUGGGAAUUAAUUUUUAAUCUUAAUUUUACUUUUAAAAAAAAAGUGCACUGCAGAAAGAUAUCUGUGUUUAGUAUGACAAAGUAAUAUUAGCCAUACAUAGAAAAUAUGGGUAACGCUU